AUGGCUUCCUUUGCGACGGCAUGCCGCCUAUCGAUGAGACUGGCGAGGCGGAAAUUGCCUCACGAUGCCACUGUCAAAGGCUUCAAAACGUCGGCAGCCGCCCUUGCGGCUCAAAACUUCACAAUGCCAGCGCUAUCUCCGACAAUGACUGAAGGCAACAUUGCUACGUGGAAAGUCAAGGAAGGGGACAAGUUCGCUGCCGGCGACGUUCUGCUGGAGAUCGAGACGGACAAGGCAACCAUGGAUGUCGAGGCUCAGGAGGAUGGCAUCUUGAUGAAGGUCAUGAAGAGUGAUGGAAGCAAGGCCGUCCAGGUUGGCACGCGGAUAGCCGUGCUUGCAGAAGAAGGGGACGAUAUCAGCUCUCUAGAGAUUCCACCCGACGAGAGUCCCAAGCCUCAAGACGCUAAGGAAGCCUCGAAGUCCGAACCCCCGCCGCCGUCGCAGCCACCGUCAGAGUCAACCACGCAGGCUCCCAAGAAGGAUGUAGCCAAGUCUAAAACGAAGGCUCCGAUGCAGACAUAUCCUCUUCUUCCAUCCGUCACCCACCUGGUCAAGGAGAACGGCUUGGACGAGUCGGCCAUCGGCGAGAUGACGCCCACAGGUCCAAACGGCCGUCUUCUAAAGGGCGAUGUCUUGGCAUACUUGGGGAAGAUCAAGGCUAGCACCCCCGCAGCUGUGUCGGCAAGGUUCGAGGAGGCCUCACAUCUCGACCUGAGCAACAUUAAGGUUGCCAAGCGACCAGAAGCCAAGAAGGCUGCUUCGGCACCAACGCCGGUCGAGGAGGAUUCCCUCGUGACGCUGCCCGUCACCCUGGAGUCCGUCAUUAAGGUCCAGAAGAAGGUUCAUGCCACUCUCGGAGUCUUUUUGCCGCUAUCUACGUUCAUUGCUCGAGCCACCGACAUGGCCAAUGACGAACUCCCGCUACCUACCGGUGCCCAGCCAACGGCCGACGAGCUGUUCAACCAGGUGCUGGGCCUUGAUAGAGUCGGCCGCAAAGCAUCUCGUGGCUCCUACCUACCUCAAGUGUCCGCUCUGCCACCAGCAUCAUUCACCGCUCCCAGGCCAGCUGUACGCUCCGUCGACGUCAUCGACGUACUUGCCGCCCCUUCGCGUUCUUCAGCGCCGAAGAUGAAGAGGCCGCUGACACCUGGCCUCUCAGGCGGGGUCAAUGUCUUCAGCAUCAGCGUGCCGAAGCGAGAGGAGAAGCGGGCGCGUGUGUUCCUGGAGCGAGUAAAGCUUGUUUUGGAGAAUGACCCCGGCCGGCUUGUGCUAUGA